CAUCGGAGAGACAAUAGGGCAACAGCAGUCGCUCUGUCAGACGCAUCAGCGCGAUGUGCACAAGAAUCAAUAUUAGUACAUCAAAGCUUUAAGAAAAUAACAGAGAGGGCAGCAGAAAAAUAUUGCUUCUGAUGUUUUAGUCAUUAACACUGACCACAACGGAAUGACAGCGGGGGUUUGCGCAUCAUUCGUUCCUUAAAAGAUUUCUAAAUCAACUGUUGUCGUGGAAACUGGUCUCUCCGUCUCUGGAAUAAUGAGCUCCUCGCCCCACAUGUCCCGCUCCUCCAUUGACAUCCUGGAAGAGCUGCAGCUCAUCACUGCUGAGAACCUGGAGAAGCUGGACUUUAAUAAAUACUAUGAGGUCAUUAGGGAGCUUGGGAAGGGCACCUAUGGCAAGGUGGACCUGGUCAUCCACAAGAUCAGAGGCACGAAAAUGGCCUUGAAAUUCUUGAGGAAGAAAACCACUAAGCUGAAGAGUUUCCUACGCGAGUACAGCAUCUCGCUCUACCUGUCACCCUGCCCUUUCAUCAUCAACAUGUAUGGCAUUGCCUUCGAAACCGACGAAUACUACAUUUUCGCUCAAGAGUAUGCACUGGCAGGUGAUCUCUUUGACAUCAUUCCUCCCCAGGUUGGGUUGCCAGAGAACGUCGCCAAGCGGUGUGUGCACCAGGUGGCGAUUGCACUGGAUUACCUGCACUGCAAGAAGCUGGUGCAUCGUGACAUCAAGCCGGAGAACGUCCUCAUCUUUGACAAGGAGUGCCGGAAGGUGAAACUGUCAGACUUUGGCAUGACGCGAUGCGCUGGCUCUCCAGUGAAGCGGGUGAGCGGAACCAUCCCGUACACGGCUCCAGAACUGUGCGACCCAAGUCGGCAAGAGGGCCUGUGUGUAGACUACAGCACAGACGUGUGGGCCUUCGGCGUGCUUCUGUUCUGCAUGCUCACUGGGAAUUUCCCCUGGGAAAAAGCACUCCCGUCCGACGCCUUCUACGAGGAGUUUGUGCGCUGGCAGCAUCGGCGGAGGCGAACCAGUGCGGUGCCUUCCCAGUGGCGGCGUUUCACUGACGACGCACUCUGCAUGUUCCGCUGCCUGCUGUCCAUCGAGCAGGACCGCCGAUGCUCUGUCAAAGAGGUCUUUAGCUACUUCAACCACUGCUGGAUGCUCGACACGGAGAACGGCAACACGACCCAUGUCUCGGGCGGUAACGGCAACACAGUGAUGAAUGGCCGUCAGGCAGAGCUUAGCUCUUCUUCCUCGGAAGAAGAUGAGCUGGUGGACCGUUUGAAGCAACAGAGCUUGUCCCCAGUGUGCGGGGUAGCUAAAGGAGGUAUUGUCAUGGAGCCAGUGACGGCGCACUACUCCUCUACGUCCACGAACAGCCCCGCUUCCUCCACUGGCGGCUACGAGCGCGUCUCCCGUGAUAACAAUGGCAAUGGUCGAAUCCUAGUCACGACACCAAUUGAAAUAUGCGUUUAGUGAAGUCACUGGCAUUAACCUAUCUUGCACAUAUACUUGGGAUGACUAGAUGACAAUAAGGACUCAAGUCCUUGUGAAGCAAACGCGUCAGAGGCUCACGCACAAUGCUCAGCAUCCCAAGAAGAGCUGACAGCUUGAAACUCUUCCCGAUGACGAGUAUCUCUGAGGGAAUCUGUAAGACAAUCACCAAAGUCUGCAGAUUGUGUCUCAACCACGUUUUCCACAUAUAAUUAGACCAAAACGACACAUUGGAAACUUUAGAGGAAUAGAAAAAACUAUAAAGCAAUAUGUUGCGUCUUUGAUUUGGAACAUGGAAAAAACUUUUCAUGUGGAGACUUAUGUGGUUUUAGAAGCACAGUAGGAACUGUGUUGGUAUUGUUUUGUGCUCGUGCAUCCCUGUGAUCAGUGGAUAUGACUUUGGAAGAUUAUUGGUUACUUUAUAAACGUGUUGUGUGAUUCAUUUUGGUCUUGACCUUUUUGUUAUUUAUUUAAUGUUGUAGCAUUACAAUGUUAAUUUAUAAUUUGCAGAGAAUCUGCACUGUCAAAUUUCAGUUUGCUCACUAUUACACCAAAACUGGCAAGAAAAGAUCACUUGAUUUCAGAAGACUGUUAGGGAGGUUUGAAUGGUAGAUUGAAAAACUCUGUCACCUAUUGCUAAACAUCUGCAUUCAGAAACAGUUCUUUACGGGGCUAUAGGUGCACAAAUACAGGAGUGAUUUAGACAAGAUGGCUACCAGAAACACACUUUAAACACCAUUGAGCCAUUCAUGUAUUCAUACAGUAAGUAAAGUACAAUACCACUUUAUGUACUUUACAUUAUUUCCUCUUUCUGAGCAUCACGGAUGGAGUCCUGAUAGCACACGUAUGUCACUGAGACGUCUUUUUGAUUUUCUCUAGAAGAUGUCAGUUUUGGAGUCUCUUGAGAAGUUGGAUGUUAGAAUGACAUUCAGCCAAUGUUUUUCCAGUGUGAGACUUAGAAUUAUAUAGAUUAAUUUGUUUUAAGUUGUUAAUCAGAUGUUUGUAGACAAAACAUGAAGCUUACAAGAGCAUGUUAUACUUUCCAGAUUUGCAGUGUUCUCUUUCAUAGAUGUCUUGUUGACGUACAUGUGCUUACUGAGUGAAGUUUAAGGAUUUCUCAGGUAUACCAUUCACUGUGUCAACAUGAAAUCAAAAUUUACACUAUUUACUUUCUUUAUACAUAUUCCCAGUCUUACCGUGCACUUGCCAGUGCACAUUACUCAAAACAUGAAAAGAGUUGUCUUCAUCAAGGGUUGUUUACUAAAAAUUUCUUCCACUAAACUGAUCUUUGUUUCUUUUUCUUACUUUCAAACCCUCCCUUCCAACCGCUUGACUUCAUUCUGAUAUGUAACAGAAACUUCAGAUAAAUUCCGAUACCGCCCCUUCAUUUUUUCUCACUGAGUAUCCUGUUUUACAUUAAAAUGUCAAAUGAUGGUUAUUUUUAGUAGAAUUAUUCGUGAAAUGGUUUCAAACACCAUUUCAUGUUUUCUUUAACACAUAAUUUGUUACUUGAGGCGUAGGAAGGAUCUGUUAAAUGAAAAUGUCAUAUUUAUUUUUCAUGACUAAUGGGGCAUUGAUGUCUAAAAAAAAAAAAAAGUGCUGCUUUGGUCCAAAAAAUGAAGGUCAUGUUGUAUAUCUGUGUAAGAUCUUUUAUUUGGACCAUUAAUUACAUAGAAAAAAAAAUUGCCAGCUGCUAAACCUGGUAUACUCUGCAUUUAGAUAUUAAAAUCACAAGUCUUGCGCAAUUUAAAAAAGUUUUUUUCAUUUUUUUAUUUAAUAUUUAUACAUUUUACAAUGACAUUUGUUCAAUGUCAUACUCUUGUUUGAAGAAAGGUAGCAGAAGAAGUUAAUUCAUUGGAAAUGUUUUGAUCUUGUGUUGUUAAAAUGCAAAAAAAAUAAUAUAGAAGUGUCGACAAUGUUUGAAAGGGCAUUUUUGCAUGGAUAACAGGAAACCAAUGUAAGGAGAUGGUAUCUGUGCUACUUUUUAGAAUUGUGACAAUUAUUGUGUAGUAAUACUUGAAAUUAGCACAAGUUUGCAUAUCUUGAUAAAGUUUCAGUGGAGUCAAAAAGGACAAUGUGCAAAUAAAGAAAAAAAAGGAAAACAAGUUUUUUAAUUCUUCAUGUGCAGAACAUGGGCCAACAGUACAGUACGUACAAAACAUAUUGAUGUGCUCAUAGACAAUAACCAUGAAGAAGCUGAAAGACAAUUCAACCCUGCAAAAUGUAUGAAGAAAACAAGUCAAAUGUGAAAAUCUUUCGUUAAAAGGACAAAAACAGACGUUUUAACGUGUUGUGUUUUCCAGAAAUAUUUGCAUGAAUCAACAUUGCUCUGGAGAAACAUUGUAGAAAUAAAAACUAAAAGUA